UUUAUUUAUUUGCCAAUUUUUUGCGCAUUUUUUCCUUCGGGCAAUCAAGUAACUCUCAUUUAGCUUUCCCUUAAAUUUAAUUUUUAAUUGAAAUUUUUUGCCUAUGUAAACCUUUCAAAAUGAGUGUUGUAAAUCCUGGAAAUAUUGUUACCCAACCAAUUACUUCGCCUGGUCCAGAAUUUAUUUACUUAACCUCAGCAGAAACUGAAGAUGAUCUCAAUUCUAUAAAAUGUGCAAAUCAAGUUCAUUUCAAAUCUUAUUCUUCAAAAAAUUGUUGGACAAAAUAUGAAUGCGAGAGAAGUUCCUCCGUCCACGGCAAAUGUAAAUUUCUUUUGUUGGCAGCUAGUUGUGAUCCUAACGACGUUCAUAGGCUUUUUAAUAUUUAUUUUAGUGGAGUACACAAUCAUGAAGUUGAGCAAAGUGAAAGAGUUCCUUCCAGAAAUAUAAUGCAAAACACUGAAAAUUCUGUUGUAAAUAAUGACGAUGACAUCCAAAUCUUGUCUGACACAAUUUUUGAAAAUUCAAAUACAGCAGAGACAUCACCAACAAAUCAGCCAGCGCUCAAUGAAAUUAGAAAGAAAUUUCCUUUUUUCAGAACUUGCCAAAGCUUUAAUCAUCUCGAGAAUUUACGACGUUCCGAAGGUCUUUUGAUUGACAAACAGUUUAAUGUAGUCAAUGGAAUUCCAGAAGUUGUCUAUUACCGUUGUAAAAUAAACCUUCAAUGUCCAUUUACAUUACAAGCAGUGUAUAACAAUAAGACUGGUUUCUUUGAAUUAUACGCACCUUUAAAUAAUAAUCACUUCCAUUCUUCUUCUAGUGAUCCAAAUUCUAGUUCAAAUAAUGUGUCCGUUAAUGGAAAUUUGCAGCAAAAUUUUACAAUGGAAGGAAUAAUGCCAUGUUCUUCAAAUAUGCUAAAUGGAGAGUCAAUUAAAUUAAAAAGAAGACUUAUAAAUGUAAAUUUAAGUGAAUGGAAUUAUAUUGGUGAAUAUCAAAAUGAGGAAGCUUUUGAAAUCCUUCGAGUUCAACGAAAAGUUUCCCCUUUACGGGAAAGAGGAAAACAAUUUCUUACUUUGAGACAACAAACACUUAAGUGUUAUUUUCGAAAGCCAGAAAAGGGAAAAUGUCGCUACCGAAUGUUGAUAUUUCGUGAAUGGGAUGGACAGCCUGCACAGGUUUAUGAGAAAGGUUUUUUAAAUUUUUUAGAAUAUUUUUAUUGUUUUGUUGAGAAGUGAAUUUUAUAAUGGGAAAGUGAUGGCUCCCCUUUUCAAAGAUGUCUCAAUAUUUUUGACUUUCUUCGUCUCUUCGGGCAUUUUUUAAAAAGCUAGUUCCCCUUCCCUUUUAUUUUUCUAAAUUUUGUCUGGGAUUUAUUUUGGAAAUUUUUGACAUUGAAGCAAAAAGAAAAAGUUUAUUAAGAAUUUCUUGCUAAAUGUGGUCUUUUUUUGGUCAUGUUUUGGAAGUCGGGGGUUUCGUCCGCUCCGUAAUACUUUGGCUGACGCCUCCUUUUUCCUGGUUAUUUUUACCUCCUUACCUAUUCUUUUCUUAUUAUUAAGUUUGGUUGUUAGUUGGAAAUUUUCGGGCCAAAGGAUCAGAUUUCUUCCUUU